CUGAGACUGCGCAGAGCAGCGAGCUCCACCGCCUGUUUUCUGUGAAUCCGCUGUUGUUGAAAGCGAAGGGAGAAGAAACUGAAAUCUUUCCCGUUGUUUUUUUAAAUGGAAAAUAGAUCAAGUAUUUGCCGAUAAAUCACCCUGAGAGGAGGAAGAGGAGGAGGAGCAGAAGGAGCAGAGGACGAGCCGCAGAAGAGAAGGAGAGAUAGAGGAGAAGAAGAGGAGGACUGGGAGAAAAAAAAUCGGGAGAGUAUAAAAUGCUGCAGAUUUGACUGAAAGAUGUCAAACGUUACCAUGGAAGCGACCACCAUCCUCCCCAUCCUCAAGAAGAAACUGGCCUUUCUGUCUGGGGGCAAAGACCGGCGCAGCGGUCUGAUCCUGACCAUCCCUCUCAGUUCAGAUCAGACCAGCAUGGAGGAGCUCAGCGCCACACUGGACUACCUUCUCAGCAUCCCCAGUGAGAAGUGUAAGGCUCGGGGUUUCACCGUUAUCGUGGACGGACGGAAGUCUCAGUGGAACAUUGUGAAGACUGUGGUGCUCAUGUUGCAGAAUGUGAUCCCGGCCGAGGUGUCGCUGGUCUGCGUGGUGAAGCCAGAUGAAUUCUGGGAUAAGAAGGUCACACACUUCUGCUUCUGGAAGGAGAAAGACCGCCUGGGCUUUGAGGUGAUCCUGGUUUCGGCCAAUAAGCUGACUCGUUACAUUGAACCCUGUCAGCUGACGGACGACUUUGGAGGAAGUCUGGACUACGAUCACAAUGACUGGCUCAACAAGAGACUGGUUUUCGAGAAGUUCACCAAGGAGUCGACAUCACUGCUGGACGAGCUGUCGAUCAUCAAUGAAAGUGACAAGAGCAGCUCGGUGGACAAGGACAAAUCUGCUGACUCUGCCCUCCUGCCGUCCUUUGACCCUGAGACUGUCCUUCAAACCGGUCAUGAGCUGCUUUCGGAGCUGCAGCAGCGUCGUUUUAACGGCUCAGAGGGAGGAGGAGGAGGAGGACAGGGAGGUCCGGCCUGGUGUCCCAUGGAGGAGGAGCUGCUGGCUCAGCCUCAGGUGAUGAAGCUGCUGGACUCGCUCAGGGAGCAGUACACCAGAUACCAGGAGCUCUGCAGGCAGCGAAACAAACGCACCCAGCUAGACGAGAUCCACACCAAGGUCAUGCAGGUCGUCACCUGGCUGCAGGGUCCAGGUUCAGACCUCCUGAAGACUCACCAGGCGAUCGGAGACUCCAUGCGAGCGGCUCAGGCCCUGCAGCAGAAACACGAGGAGAUCGAGAGCCAGCACAGUGAGUGGUUUGCGGUGUACGUGGAGUUGAACCAGCAGAUCGCCGCCUUGCUCGGUGCCGGGGAGGAGGAGGAAGUGGUGGAGCUGAAGGCGCUGCAGCAGCAGCUCAGCGACGUCUGCUACCGCCAGGCGGCUCAGCUGGAGACCCGACAGAACGUCCUGCAGGCGGCGCAGAGCUUCCACAGCACCACACAGGAGUUGUCCCAGCAGUUGGACGGUCUACUGGGCAUGCUCUGUGCCGACGUGGCUCCAGCUGACGGAGCUUCGAUUCAACAAAACCUCAAACUGCUAGAGGAGAAGCUGCAGAUUGUCGAGGCAGGUCUUGGUUCUCUGCGUCAGAAGGGGGCGUUGUUGAUGGAGCAGAUGUGCAGCCAGCCGUCGUGGUCUCUGGAGGAAACUGAGAGUCCAGCUGGAGAACAGCAGGACAACGUUCAGCAAAUACAGGCUGUGAUGGAGGAGAUGCAGCUCCGCAAGCAGAGGUGUGAGGACAUGGUGGACGUGAGGAGGCUGAAGAUGCUUCAGAUGGUCCAACUGUUCAAGUGUGAAGAAGAUGCUUUGCAGGCAGUUGAGUGGCUUGGCGAGCUGUUGGACGCCCUGUUGAAGACUCAUGUGAGACUGGGCGAUGAAUCACAAGAAACCAGGACCAUGUUGGACAAACACAGGAAGUUUGUGGACGUCGCUCAGAGCACCUACGAUUAUGGCCGUCAACUGCUGCAGGCAACCGUCGUCCUCUGUCAGUCCCUGCGCUGUACGACGCGCUCGUCCGGGGACACUCUGCCGAGACUCAACCGGGUCUGGAAACAGUUCAGCGUCAGCGCCGAAGAGAGACAACAGAGACUGGAGCUGGCUCUGAACUUCCACACCGCCGCCGAGAGGGUAAGACAGGCUGAGAGAGAGAGAGAGAGAGAGAGAGACCUCACUGCAUUAUGUGCCAGGUGUCACAGCAGCAGACUAGAGUUCGUCCUGCGCAUCGGCAGCGAGCAGUACUUCGGGAGUCCCAGUGACACAGCAGCGGCAGCGGAGGGCGUCAGAGAGCGCCUCCUGCUGGUGGAGGAGCGGCGGCUGCAGCUGCAGGAGGCCAGGCUUCACAAUGACGAAGAGGAGGAGGUACUAAACGGGCAGGAAACGCGACUAGACGUGAUUGGAGAGGAACUGAGUGAGAAAGAAGAAGAAGAAGAGGAGGAAGAGGUGGAGGAGGUGGGGCAACAGGAUGAAGAGUUAGCGAGGGCUACACAGGACUGCUAGUGGAUGAUGUUAAACCGAGCAGCCUUAAUG